CACAUCGGUCGCUUGCUAGUCAACAUAGCCGAAAGAUUCAAGCUAUUUAUACGCUUUCGGUCUAUAUUAGCUGCUGUGUUUUAGACACACUUCUGUCGUAUCUACUUGUUAACCUAUUUAAUUUAAUAUUACGUUAUUUUUUAUUAGUCAGCUAUAGUAGCUGGCUGGUUAAGUUAGCACUAGCCUAGUCACUAAUGAUAGCUAGUUAGCUAACAUCCCCGAACAUGAGCUCCCUAAGCUUCUCCCCUCCUGUUAAAGAAGAGGAGGUCUACUGGACGGAGAAAGAAGCUCUGGAGCUGAACAUUGUCGUGAAAGAGGAGAAGGAAGAAGAGGAUGUCACAGUUAAACAAGAAGUUGGGGGUGAUGCUGUUACAGUGAAAGAAGAAGAGAAAGACGUUACAGUGAAAGAAGAGGUGAAAGAGGCUGCAGUUUUUGGAGUGAAGAAGGAAGGAGAGAUUACUGUCACAUUGAAAGAUGAAGAGGUGGAGAUAGGAGAUCUGAUUAACACCAGAGAGAGAUGUGACUAUCGUGGAUCCUCUGGGGAGCCUCAACAUCAUGAUGCUAAUGAGGCAGAGAAGAGUCUCCCCACAUCAGAACACCUCAAGAAACACCAGCAGAGACCCACAGAGAGGAAAUCUCACUGCUGCUCUGACUGUGGGAAACAAUGCAAAUCUUCAUCAGAACUUAAAAUACACCAGCGAGUACACACAGGAGAGAAAUCUCACCACUGUUUUGAUUGUGGGAAGAGUUACUUAAGAUCAGAAUCACUAAAAGUACACCUGAGAAUUCACACUGGAGAGAAACCUUAUAGCUGUGAUCAAUGUGGGAAGAGUUUUACUCAGUCAAGCUGCCUGAAAACUCACCAGAGAAUACAUACUGGAGAGAAACCUUUUAGCUGUGAUCAAUGUGGGAAGAGUUUUACUCACUCAAGCUGCCUGAUAGUACAUCUGAGAGCACACACAGGAGAGAAACCUUACCACUGCUGUGACUGCGGAAAGAGUUUUGUUAGUUCAACAGAUUUAAAAUCACACCAGAAAAUACACACAGUAGACAAACCUUAUAACUGUACUCAAUGUGGGAAGAGGUUUAAUCACUCAAGCUGGCUGAUAGUACAUCUGAGAGCACACACAGGAGUGAAACCUUAUAACUGUGAUCAAUGUGGGAAGAGUUUUGUUACAUCUAGCCAUUUGACUCUACACCAGAGAACACACACAGGAGAGAAAUCUUAUAGCUGUAGUCAAUGUGGGAAGAGUUUUAUUCAGUCAAGCAGCCUGAUAUCACACCAGAGAACACACACAGGAGAGAAACCUUAUAGCUGUAAUCAAUGUGGGAAGAGUUUUACUCAGUCAAGCAGCCUGGUAUCACACCAGAGAACACACACAGGAGAGAAACCUUAUAGCUGUAAUCAAUGUGGGAAGAGUUUUACUCAGUCAAGCAGCCUGGUAUCACACCAGAGAACACACACAGGAGAGAAACCUUAUAGCUGUGAUCAAUGUCACAAGAGAUACUCUGAUAAAAGAUCUCUGAUCAAACAUCAGAAGAUACAUACAUGAAGGAGUUGUUUCAUGAUAUCAAUGAAAUGUCACAAUGUAGAAUGUUUUAACAUUGUAGUAGGAGUAUUUUAAUUAAUAAUGUUACAAUGUAGAACCCUAAUAAUUUCCCCGUUCUAUAAGCCUCAUCAGUUGAAAAAUCUUUGUACUUUGCUCUGUUCAUCUUUCCCUCGAUCCUGACUAGUCUGCCAGUCCCUGCCACUGAAAAACAUCCCCACAGCAUGAUUCUGCCACCACCAUGCUUCACCGUUGGGAUGGUGCCUGGUUUCCUCCAGACGUGACGCUUGGCAUUCAGGCCAAAGAGUUCAAUCUUGGUUUCAUCAGACCAGAGAAUCUUGUUUCUCAUGGUCUGAGAGUCCUUUAGGUGCUUUUUGGCAAACUCCAAGCGGGCUGUCAUGUGCCUUUUACUGAGGAGUGGCUUCCUUCUGGCCACUCUACCAUAAAGGUCUGAUUGGUGGAGUGCUGCAGAGAUCGUUGUCCUUCUGGAAGGUUCUCCCAUCUCCACAGAGGAACUCUGGAGCUUUGUCAGACUGACCAUUGGGUUCUUGGUCACCUCCCUGACCAAGGCCCUUCUCCCAAAUGUAUGUAGUUCUGUCCUUGAGCUGUUCUUGUCUAUAUAUGUUCUGUAUCAUGUUUGUGGACCCCAGGAAGAGUACCUGCUGCUUUUGCAACAGCUAAUGGGGAUCCUAAUAAAAUACCAAGAUUGCUCAGUUUGGCCGGGUGGCCAGCUCUAGGAAGAGUCUUGGUGGUUCCAAACCUAUUCCAUUUAAGAAUGAUGGAGGCCACUGUGUUCUUGGGGACCUUCAAUGAUGCAGACAUUUUUUGGUACCUUUCCCCAGAUCUGUGCCUCAACAUAAUCCUGUCUCAGAGCUCUAUGGACAAUUCCUUUGACCUCAUGGCUUGGUUUUCGCUCUGACAACUGUGGGACCUUAUAUAGACAGGUGUGUGCCUUUCCAAAUCAUGUCCAAUCAAUUGAAUUUACCACAGAUAGACUCCAGUCAAUUUGUAGAAACAUCUCAAGGAUGAUUAAUGGAAACAGGAUGCACCUGAAAGCAAUUUCGAGUCUCAUAGCAAAGGGUCUGAGGACUUAAGGAAAUACAUUUGCAAAUGGUUUGUCACUAUGGGGUGUUGUGUGUAGAUUGAUGAGGGAGAAAUAUUCUAACAUUUUCUACAAUUGGCAGUUUUGUACACAGUCAUGUGAUACCUGGUAUAGAAAAGUCCAAUCUUAGGAGAGUACAUGGGAGGCACUAUACUGUGUGUCUGCAGGUGUCUAGCUGGUCAAAACCACUGAUACAGGAGCCCCUCCACCCUCUGGUGGGAUGGAUCAUGUCUACAGAGAAACCUAGAUUCAAAUACUUAGAUUUGUGUGUAUUGGGUAUAUGUUGUGAAAUUGUUAGAUAUUACUUGUUAGAUAUUACUGCACUGUCGGAGCUAGAAACACAAGCAUUUCACUAGACCCGCAGUAACAUCUGCUAAACAUGUGUAUGUGACCAAUAAAAUGUAUAAUAAAUAAAACCAAUAAAUGUCCUAUUUAUCAAAGGUGCUUUUGGCUGGGGUCAACAUGACCCCAAAGGAUUUGAAUUUGUUAAAAGUCCAUAUUGAUACAGAAACACUAAACCAUGAUUUAGGUUUAUUAAGAACAAGAUGAUUGACAUAGUCAUGAAAAAUUGGAAGAAUUGAAUAAACCACAUUAUGGCUAUAAUAAAAGAUAUGUCUCUGGGGUCAAAAUGAUCCAUAUCAGUAUGGUUCAAUGGAAAUAUGUAGUGAGUGUAAAGUUUGUUUUAAAUUAUCACUCAUUAAAAACGAAUCAAUCAA